AUGCACGUGCAGGGACAAUCACAAGACAGGCAAGGCAAUGUAAAAUGCCCCUCAGCGGACGACCCUCCGCCAAGGCAGCAGCAACAACGGGGCCAGAGCCAAGAAAAAUCAUCACCACCGCCACCAAACUGUCCGUCACCCGAAGAUUUGGAUCCUAACAAGCCGCCUCCCCCAGGAUGCCCACCUCCACCAAAAGAGCAACGACAAAAUCCGCCACCAAACUGUCCGCCACCAGAAGAGUUGGAUCCUAGUAAGCCACCUCCCCCAGGAUGCCCACCUCCACCAAAAGAGCAACGACAGGAUCCACCACCACCAAAAUGUCCGCCACCAGAAGAGUUGGAUCCUAGUAAGCCACCUCCCCCACUGGACCCCCAGGAUGUCCACCUCCACCGAAACAGGAAGAUCGUCAGCGAGAGAUUAGAGGUUUUCUCAGUGCUCUUAAAGAAGUCCUUCUAA